AUGAAGGCCACCACCGUCAUCCUUGCCCUCGUCAACACCGCCCUGGUCUUGGCUGCCUCUGACUCCGAGUUGUGCAGUAGCGUUGCCUGUGGAGAUAGCGGAGGGUAUCCCUUCUGCCUCCAGUGCCCUGCCUCUGAAUUACCUCAGAGCCCUUUACCUCCUCAUGUCACCUUUGAUCCGAAUGAACACUCCUACAAUGAGACACAAUGCCAAUCCUUCUUUCCUGGCUUGUUUGAAGAUCCAACCCGCGCUCAGACAUUCUGGCAGGCUAAGAAUGGAAUACGCAGGGCUGACCUUGACAAUGUCCAAAUGAUAAAUGGCAUGGUUAGAGCUGCCGUAUAUAAAGGACGUCUGUAUGUUAUUAGCGCUCUCGCCAAGGGGGAAGACCACCGCCGCAAAAUCAUCGGAGUGCUGAGCUCCAUCCAUCGCGCCCUAAUUUCAGCUCCGGAAUCCACAGCUAUCCCAGACACGGAGUUCAUCUUCUCUAUUGAGGACAAAGUGGAGGACGUUGCGGGGCCGGGCCACCCUCUCUGGGUUCUGGCGAGAAAGGCCGAAGAAAAAUCUGUUUGGCUCAUGCCAGAUUUCGGCUUCUGGUCCUGGGGACAUCUCGAUAGCAAGAUCGGGCCAUACGACCAGGUGGUCGAGCAUGUCCGACAGCGAGAAGUCCCCUGGGACCAGAAGAAGGAUAAGCUGGUGUGGCGCGGGAAGCUCAGCUUCGCGCCGAAACUGCGGAGAACGCUGCUUGAGGUUGCGCGGGGCUACCCAUGGGGCGAUGCGAAGGAGGUGGAGUGGAAGAACAAGGCCAACUUUCUCAGCAUGGAGGACCAUUGCCAUUACAAGUUUAUCGCGCAUGUAGAAGGGCGGUCGUAUUCUGCGUCGCUUAAGUAUCGCCAGGCGUGUGAGUCGGUUGUUAUUAUUCAUAAACUGCAGUAUAUCCAGCAUCACCACUAUCUCCUUGUCUCAUCGGGGCCACAGCAGAACUUUGUCCAGGUGGAAAGAGACUUCUCAGACUUGCCGCAGAAGAUACAGGAGCUUCUGGAUAAUCCUGCUAAAGCUCAGCAAAUUGCAAGUAAUAGUGUGAAUGUGUUUCGGGAACGAUAUCUGACACCAGCUGCUGACGCAUGUUACUGGAGGGCCUUGCUGCAGGCGUGGGCUAUGGCCUCUCCUGAUCUCACUCCAAGGAGUGCUCCUCAGGAUGGUCUCCGAUAUGAGUCAUUCUUAUUGCUCGGGGAUAGCAAUAUGAUGAAAUUUGGGGGAUGA